AUGAGUAUGAAAGUGAAAAAAUAUUUAAUAAUUAAGAACUUUAAGAAGAGUAAUCAAAUGAUUAAUUUAAAGAAAAUAGAUGGGUUUAUAACCUUUUAAUUAAUUUAUCUUAAAAAGACUUAAUAGAUUCCAUAAAAAACAAAAAAAUAAUUUCUCCUUAUAAUUAAAAUUAUGAAAUUUAGGAUUUAAUUUCUAAAGGAGAAAUUGGUUUUGUUUUUAAAGCUAAAAAUCUUAAAACUUAAGAAGAAGUUGCGAUUAAAAUAAUAAAUUACUAAUAAUUUAAUUAUUGUGACAUUGAUGAUCUUUUAGAAGCUUAAGUAAAAAAUAUAAAAGAAUUUAAAGAAAAUUAUUAGAAAAAUGAUAAAUUAAAAUACAUACUAAAUGUUAAAGAGUAUUUUAUUUAAGGUAAGAUUUUCAUAUAAGUCAUGGAACUUUGUAAAUUUAACUUUAAUAGCAAAAGCUUAUAAAUCAAAAUUUUUUGAUCGCAAUCGCAGUGAGCGCAUCCCCCAAGAAAUACCAGACUUUAUGAUAUGUAGUAAUUCAGAUUAGAGAUUAGAAAUCACAGAAAUAAAAGAAAUGUUUUUCCAAAAAAUUAAAAAUAUUAAUUUUGAUUUUAUUUCAGAUAUGAAUUUUAACAUCAUACUAACUCUAUAAACUUAGAUAGAAAUUAAUAUUAUUGAAUCUAAAAAUGAAUCAAAAAAAUUGAGAAAUAAAUCAUCAUAAGGAUUAAUGAAAAAUCAUCAAUAUAAAUCAUUAUAAAGAUUAUUGAAAAAUCUUGAAGAUAAUAUGAUUGACAUAAUUUCAAAAUUAAAUUCCAGAAAUUAUUAAACUAAGAAAAUAAUAGCAGUAAGUGGAGAAGGAGUGAUUUUUGAUGGAAUAUAAAAUUAAGAAAUUACUAAAUAACAAAAAGAAGUAGUUAUAAAAGUACAAUUUAAUGAAGUUGAUAUAGAUUUACUUAAAUUAUUAGAUAUAUAAUAAUCUUUUACUUAAUAUGAGUAUAAUAUAGUAAAUUUACUUGAUUUUGUGGUUUAAUAAAAUUUCUAAAUAUUAGUGUUGGAAAAAUGUGAAAUGGACUUAUCAUAAAAAUUGAAAAAUAUUAAAAAUGAUACUUUUGAAGAACUAAAAUUAUUGAAUAUGAUAUUCGAUUUACUUGAUGGUUUAAUUACGUUUUAGUUAUAUUAUAUUAUUCACUGUGAUAUAAAGCCAUCCAAUAUUUUGGUAAAUUAAUAAGAACGCUAUUUUUACACUGAUUUUGGUAUUUCAUUAAUAGCUUUACCUAAUUAAAAUUAAAUUUAAUAUUCGUAUACUGCUCCUUUUGCUUCACCUGAAUAACUUAAUAAAUAAUGUAUUUGUUACAAAACUGAUGUGUAUUCCUUAGGAAAAACCUUCAAUACAAUAUUUGAUAAAGUAAAUGAAUAGUUACCAAAAUAUAUUGCUGACUUUAAAAUUUUAAUUAACACCUAUAUGUUGGAUAAUGAACCUUCAAAAAGAAAAAAUUGUUUAGAGCUUCAUGAAAUGUUUUUUUAAUAUGCAAAACAAAACAAACAAUUUUUAGAUUAAUAUAUUGCUAGGUUAAAUAGGUAAAAAGAUUGA